GGAAGAGGGGGCGGGGCUUUCUUUGUGCAUCCGGGGUGAAGGAAGCGCGUGGUCGUCAUGGCGGCGAGCGACGAUAUUCGCUUCGAUGGCAUCCUCCUGGCCAUGGCGCAGGAGCACGAUGGCGGCGUGCAGCAGAUGUUGGACACCAUUUUUAGCUUUUUGAGACGAAAAACUGACUUCUUUAUCGGCGGAGAGAAACCGGCUGCUGAGAAGCUCCUGCUCGAGUGUUUCCGGCGUCAUGAGAAGGCGGCGCUGGCCGGGGAGCGUGAACGUGCGCGGGAACGCGAGGAACGGCAGCGCCGCGACACAGAGGAGCGCACGCGGCGACGGCAGCAGCAGGAGCAGCAGGACGAUGCCCAGGCUAAGGAGCCCCGCAUACAGGAGGUGACGGACGAGGAGGCGCAGAGAAUCCAGCGUGAGAUUGACCAGAAAAAGGAGCAGCAAAAGAAUGGCGAGGAGAGUGCGGAAAAACCCAGCGACAAAGAAGAGGCUCCAGCAAAGGUGGAGCCAGCUCCCGAUAAGGAGGAUGAGGAAGAGGAUGAGAAGGACAAGGGCAAGCUGAAGCCCAACGUUGGCAACGGCGCCGACCUGCCCAACUACCGCUGGACGCAGACUUUGUCGGAAGUCGAUAUUAUUUUGCCACUGAAGGCGAACUUCCGGGCGAAAGGUCGUGACGUGGUGGUGGAGAUCGCACGGCGCCAUCUGCGCGUGGGGCUCAAGGGGCAGCCGCCCAUCGUGGACGGCGAGCUGCAGGCCGAUGUGAAAAUGGAGGAGAGUAGCUGGCUCCUGGAGGACGGCAGCACCGUCACCGUGCACCUGGAGAAGAUCAACAAAAUGGAAUGGUGGAGCCGCUUAGUUGUCUCGGACCCUGAAAUCAACACGCGUAAAGUCAACCCUGAGAACUCAAAGCUCUCCGAUUUGGAUGGAGAAACGCGCAGCAUGGUGGAGAAAAUGAUGUAUGACCAGCGUCAAAAGGCCAUGGGCCUCCCCACUUCUGAAGAUCAGAAGAAACAAGACAUCUUAAAGAAAUUCAUGGAUCAACACCCCGAGAUGGAUUUUUCAAAAGCAAAGUUCAGCUGAGCUUCGAAGCACUCGGGAGUCACAGGGAGGUCGUGAAUGCAGCGAGAUUCUGCUUCUAAACAUUUCUUUGUGGAGCCCACACAACCCCCCCUCCUCAACCCUCACCAAGUUUAGAUUUCUGGUUUGGACUGCGUGUUGAGCCACUUAAUUCUCUCAGGCUUGCGCCACCAAGCUCUCCUUGCGGGGCCAUCUUCACAUCCACCUGUUGAAGAUGGCCCACAAGCAGUGCGCGGCAAACGCUCGUGAGAAAGAAAUACUCGACACGCAACACCAGCCUGGAAAAAAAAAUAGCUCUUGCGUUAGAAGCGGCAGCGAAAAUGUGUGUGCUUGUUAAAUUUCACCUGCCUGUUGUUAGCGUUCUCCUUUUGAGGCUGUGCUGAAUCCGUUUGUGAAGGUUUCAUGCUCAACACCUGCCCGAAUAAACAAGGAUGGUUUUCAUAAUCGUGUCAAUCUAUUGCUGGUGCCUCAUUGCUCCAGUUUGGACAUAUGUAUAAAACCCCAGGUUUGGGUUUUUUCAUCUUUGCCUAGAUUCCAUACAGCUCCCUGGGAGAACCGCUCUGGCCCCUAUACCGCUUGUGUAAGAGGUUGCCUUGGCAUUUUGUUUCAUCGAUGAGAACAAACCUUGUUUUUCUUGUUUGUCCUUCCCCACACCUCCCGGUUAGUACGGUUGGCUAUGUACGGUGUGAAAGAAGUUCAGCAUACAUACAAUUGCCCCUUCUCAAACUGAAGCCUUUCAGAAUUGACGAGUUUUAAGUUGUCUUUAUAUCUUACUCGGAUGCUCCCACCAGGCAGAACCCAUGUACGGUCAGGGUUUGAUUCGGAUCCAUUGUGAGGUUAAGCCAGAACAUCUGGUUGAUUUCGCGCUCGAAUAAUCCCAGACUGCCAUGUCCAGAGGAGGUACUCUUGAGAAACAGCAGUGCGGGGAUGUCACGGUGAAAUUUCGAUUCGCACGGUUGGCUACGUACGGUGCGAAAGAAGUUCAACGUAAUAUACAUUGGUGACGAAGUGAGACGGCUCGAUGUGUCGCUGGCAACGCACAUGGAAAGCCACCGCGAUGCUUGGUGUCGGACACGAGCAGUGUGUCCAGGCCGGAGCAAUGGAGCGCAACUGGCAGGGUGCAAGCGUUGUAGAUGCAUAGCGUCUGAAGGCAGGGGGAGACUGCUUUCUAUAGUUUGUGAUUGAUCUGCUUUGCAGUGCCUUCAAAAUACUGCACAAUUUUGAACAAAGCCGAUAAUCCCAAACUAUAGUCACAAUGUUCUGGCCUUCCCAUCUGUUCAAAAGAAAAGGCCAUUUGCCCAAAGUGUUAGCUGUAUUUUUUGAGAAGGCAGUAGGACAAAGGUGGUCAGGUUUUUUUUAUAUUUGUGUUUAUUAACAUGGAGGCAAGAUGAUAAUAGCGCUACACCGAGUAUGCACACCGGAACAUUCUGACGUUAUAACACUGUGCACAUGACGCAUGUUUAAGCAAACAAUGUAAUUGAAUGCACAAUGUCUCGGGCUCGAAUAAAGCGUAAGCUUCACAACUCUCCAAA